AUGAGAAGCGCUUCCAUUUUUAAACACCGCCAGAAUGAUGUCACAAAGACAAUUUGAUAUACGCGUGUGCACAGCAAGCCGUCUCCGGGACCUGACGCUUUUUCAACGUAUUCAUCCAUCAGUGGACCAACGAUUCAGCCAUUAUGCCAGCCACAACUUCUAUUUCGUCUGCAACGACCGUUCACGUGCAUCCUUUAGUUCUUCUUUCAGCCACCGAUCACUACAACCGUGUAGCUAAAGACACCAGAAAGCGGGUCGUGGGUGUUUUACUUGGACAGCAAAAGGGCAAGACCGUCAAUGUAUCCAACAGUUUUGCAGUUCCUUUUGAGGAGGAUGAGAAAGAUCCCUCAGUGUGGUUUCUCGAUCAUAACUACGUUGAAGCCAUGAAUGACAUGUUCAAGAAAGUAAACGCCAAAGAGAAAUUGAUUGGAUGGUACCACAGUGGACCGAAGCUUCGUUCGUCAGAUUUGGAGAUCAACGAUUUAUUCAAACGAUACACACCCAAUCCCGUGCUGGUGAUUGUCGAUGUGAAACCCAAAGAUGUCGAAAUUCCUACGGAUGCUUACUUUGCCAUUGAAGAGAUCAAAGAUGAUGGCACGGCAACAACGAAGACGUUCAUGCAUGUUCCCUCAGAGAUAGUGGCUGAAGAGGCUGAAGAAAUCGGUGUGGAGCACUUAUUGCGAGACAUUAAGGAUAACGCAGUGGGCACACUUUCAACUCGCAUCAAUUCACAAUUGGAAUCUUUAUCUGGAUUGCAAGGACGACUGGAAGAAAUCCGCGACUACUUGCAAAAGGUCGUGGCCGGCAAAUUACCGGUGAAUCAUCAAAUCAUUUACAAUCUUCAGGAUAUUUUCAACUUGUUGCCUAGCUUGGAAUCCCCUGAAAUGGUCAACUCUUUCAGCACAAAGACCAACGAUCAACUUCUUGUGAUGUAUCUGUCCAGUUUGAUUCGAGCCGUCAUCGCUUUGCACAACUUAAUCAACAACAAAAUCGAUAACCUGCAGGAAGAGGGAGUUUUGGUAUCAACGGCCACUGAAGAUGAGAAGAAGAACAAGGAAUCAGACUCGGCUGCAUAAAUAAAAUGAUGGAUCAUUUUUUCAUAAACUGCACUUUGCAUCCAUGUAGAAGUGAAUG